AUUUGUGUUGUCUGGGUGGAUUGCAGCAGCAUCCUGUAGCUCCGCCCUCGAUUAUUCAGCCUGCUCGACGUGCGGUUGCUGCGCAGCGCGUGAAGGCAGAAGCGUCCGACUGUGCUCGGAGGAGCUCAGAUUAGUGUUGAUGUUAUUGUUGUUGCAGCGGAAAAUACCUUCGCUACAGUUUCGCACGCUGCAACCUCUGGAUUAAAAAACACCGCCGUUUCCCCUCAGGUUUGAGUGAGAGAACGGUCCGUGCAGAGAGGGAUAUAAACAGGAUUUUCUUUUCUCUCACGCCGCGAGAAGUUUGUCCGUGGAGUUUGAGGAGUAGUUUCGGGUGGGCUGACUGAGCUAGCCUGGCUGCCCGCUGCGCUUCCCUCCUGUCCCGGUCAGCCAGCCAUAAGUUAGCCCGCUGCCCUGCUCUUCCUCCAGCUGUGUGGGUGAAUCAUGGCGCUCAGAGCCAGGGCGCUUUACGACUUCAACUCUGAAAAUCCCGGGGAGGUGUCGGUGAGGGAGAACGAAGUCCUUACUUUGUACAGCGAGCAGGACAUUGACGGCUGGUUUGAGGGCACGAACAGCAACGGAGAGAGGGGACUGUUCCCCGCGUCCUACGUGGAGAUCCUGAGGAACGACGCCGCCUCCACGCUCAACAACAACAGCUGCAGCACAUCUGGGGACACUUACCAGGACUCCCGGUACGCCAAUAUCCCAUCGGGAGGUUUUGACGGCUCUUAUAAGCCUCAGAAUAAAGUUGAGAACUUUUCUAAACCGUCUGCGCCUAGUUUCGCCACUUUCUCAGCCCCCACACAACCACAGCAGCAACAGCAAACUUACCAGCAGGCCAGCCAGGGGAGCGAUGAUGACUGGGAUGAUGACUGGGAUGACAGCUCUACAGUUGCAGAUGAGCCAGGCACCGUAGGAGGCAGGUAUCAUGACUAUGAAGGCAAUGGGCCAUCCACUUACAGAGUGUCAACAUCCUCAAUGUCAAGAGGCAAUGCACAGCAAGCAAAGAGCUCUGCCACAGUCAGCAGAAACCUGAACAGGUUUUCAACCUUUGUGAAGUCCGGAGGAGAGGCGUUUGUGCUCGGGGAGGCCUCAGGUUUUGUGAAGGAUGGGGACAAGAUCUGCGUGGUGAUGGGUCAGUAUGGUCCAGAGUGGCAGGAGAACCCGUACCCGUUCGCUUGCACAAUAGACGACCCAACUAAACAGACCAAGUUCAAGGGCAUGAAGAGCUACAUCUCCUAUAAGCUGACGCCCACACACACUCAGAACCAGGUGAACAGGAGGUAUAAGCACUUUGACUGGCUGUACGCUCGGCUGGUGGAGAAGUUUCCCGUCAUCUCAGUGCCACACAUCCCAGAGAAGCAGGCCACGGGGCGCUUUGAGGAGGACUUCAUCUCCAAGAGGAGGAAAGGCCUCAUAUGGUGGAUGAACCACAUGACCAGCCACCCGGUCCUGGCCAGGUGUGAUGUCUUCCAGCACUUCCUCACCUGCAACAGCACAGACGAGAAGGCCUGGAAGCAGGGGAAGAGGAAGGCGGAGAAGGACGAGAUGGUCGGAGCCAACUUUUUCCUCACCAUCAGCACCCCCACGGCUCCGCUCGACUUCCAGGAGGUCGAAAGCAAAAUAGACGGAUUCAAGACUUUCACCAAAAGGAUGGAUGACAGCACCUUGCAGCUCAACGCUACUGCCAACGAGUUUGCCCGCAAGCAGAUCACUGGCUUUAAGAAGGAGUAUCAGAAAGUGGGGCUGUCAUUCAAAGUCCUCAGUCAAGCCUUUGAGAUGGACCAGCAAUCGUACUCUACUGGACUCAACCAGGCUAUCUCCUUCACUGGGGAGGCAUAUGAAUCCAUCGGAGACUAUUUCGCUGAGCAGCCCAGCAAGGAUCUGGACCCCAUCAUGGAUUUGUUAGCUCUAUACCAAGGACACCUGGCAAACUACCCAGACAUCAUCCAUGUGCAGAAAGGAGCCCUGACGAAGGUGAAAGAGAGCCAGAAGCAUGUGGAGGAGGGCAAGAUGGACCGGGCGCAGGCGGACGGCAUCGACGAGCGCUGCAACAUCAUCUCCUGCGCCACGCUGGCAGAGAUCCAGCACUUCCACCAGAUCCGCGUGCGUGACUUCAAGGCCCAGAUGCAGCAGUACUUGCAGCAGCAAAUCGCCUUCUUCCAAAAAAUCACAGGGAAGCUGGAGGAGGCUCUGCAGAAAUAUGACAACGCGUAACAGACCGAUCGUCUCAGCCCGUCGGUUCAGACCUUGGUGAUCAAUGACACAUGCACCUCCCUUGGCCCGCCACUGGAGUUUUGGCAAACAACAGCCAGUACCACAUACUGGUGAAUGCUGUUCAACCAGCAGGGAGGGACAUUCAAGGAGAUGACGCUCCAGUAAUAAUGACAUUUCAAGCGAAAUCCAGGUUUCUGUGUGUGGUGGCCACAUUUUUUGGGAACUGGAUGUUUAAUAGAGGAUGUUUAAUUUAAUGACAUUAGGCCAACUUGUAACACAAACUACUAGAUUUAAUGAGAGUCAAAAAUAAUGAUGGUGCACCACUUGGUCUGGUGGAUGGGUGAAUAAAUCAAUGUUGUGAUCUGCAGAGAGAGAACCAUGUAUCUGCUGCUGCAUAGACACCUGGUGCAACAUUUCAUAUAUCAAGUGUUUUUAGCCUUAAGACACAGUUUUUUUUUUUUACAAGUGACUGCCACUCCAGGAGCAGCGAUGCUCCAGUGGCUAACACACUGCCUUCUGAAAACACUCAAGCCCUUCCUGGUAUCUCUCUCCUUGGACAAACAGGAUGAAUUGUUUACAGUCUCCUCGCCGAGCAGCCGCUGUCACCACUGUCUCGCUGUGCCUUCUGAUUACGUCUCUCUGGUCAUUUUUGUUACUAGUUACUAAAAAAAGCUUUAUAUACUGUAUAUGUAGAAAUAUAUUCUAUUUGUUUUUACAAAGCUACAAAGUUUGCAGUCUUUGAAGAAAAAAACAAAAGGAUCACUGUGCUAUAAACAAGGGCAGUGUCUUUUAUGGGAGAUAAUAUUGCUGUUUUUUUCCCCCUAAGUGGCCCCAGCAUUGAUUUUUAACACUCACAGUGUGACAAAAUCAGGAUCACGGGGCGACUUACCUGCUUUGACAAUAGGAGCCCACGCCUUACACAGGGCACAGCCAGCACUGUGGAGUUAAGGGACGAGUAUGAUGGACACUAGCGAUGCCGGAUACCUGAAUGUGUCAGCAAAACGUUUGUUUUCAGGUUUAGUUUUGAGGUAGUGUUCAGAGGCAGGCUGUUAGAGGGUAGAGGAUUCCUCACCUGUUUUAAUAAUGCAGUCUUUAUAAUAGCACA